UCGCCGCAGUUGAGAAAACAGAAUUGUAGUAAUUGCUGCACGAAGUAAUUGCAAUUUUACAUAUACAAAUUGAAACUCGUCCAGAAAAUGUAGAUGUAAGCUGAGCAAAUCGAGUAAAAGUGCAAGAGUACGUAGUACUUGUGUAAUAAUGAAGUCAAACGAAAUAUAUGUAUGUGUGGUAUCUCUGUGUUUGUGUUGUUUGUAGAAUAAAAAAAAUGUUUGUGUACAAAUUAUGGCAUCGCAUCUGUGAAAUUGUCUGGGAUCUCAAAACGAAACCCUAGAAGUGCCAUUGUUUAUGUGUGGAUAAUCGAUAAGUUCAUAAAAUGCAAUUUGCACACUGUUUAGCUCAUUAUCCCCCUUGAAUUUAGUGCAAAUAUCUUAGCUUGGUCCUUCGGAAUUGAAAUGGUAUUACAAAAUGCUUAGGUCUUUAGCGCCACUAUUAUGCUCUCCCUUAAAGUGUUCUCUGUAAACUACAAUUAUUUAAUAUGUUAGCAACAUUUCGAUGUGACUGCAUCUAAAGGAGCUUGUGCUAUAAUAUUUCUAUGCGCCAUAAUAAUGUUUAUGGUAGCCGCUGUUAUGCUAUUUAUAUUAUUGUUGCACAUUUUGUCCACAGCGCUAUAAAAUUUGCAUAUGUUAAUGAUAAUCAAAACUCUAAUUAGUAGUUAUUUAUAAUGCAUAUAUUAAUGCAUAUUAAGAACAUCUCACGAAUACUAUGCUAUACAAAUUUGACAAUAUAAUAAUUAUAGUGCACGCUGUGUGGAAAGUUAUAAAAUCGCGAAAUACUUUUUAAAUGCUGGGCAUCUAAAUACUAUACUAAAGUUAAACGCUGGGCAGCUGCCAUAUAAACACGAUAUAAACACGUCGCAUUAUUACAUCAAUUAAAAUAUAUGUAUUAAAAGGUAAGACUCGUUAACGGACUAUAAGAUCCAGCUGCCAUUGCCAAAACGUAAACUGGGCCGAAAGGAGAGCUUCGAUCAUUUGGACGUUUGCUUCACGCGCAGCAAUCGCGGCAACAACUUGCUGACCAUCAAUGGGAAGCCUUUCACUCUGAACCGCAGGAUCAAGGACGCCUGCUAUUGGGAGUGCGUGAAGCUGCGUUGCAAAUACAUCAAGUGCACGGCUAGAGUAGUGACCAAAUCCAAUCAGAUAUCCGCUCUGCGUGGGCAGCACAAUCACCCAUAGAAAGCAAGACAUAAAUAAAUCUGAUUGUUCAAAUUUAAAAGAAAUGAACUUCAAUUCUUUAUACUCGGAGGCACAUUCUAUGUUAACCCAAAGCUAACUAUUUCCGGUCUUUGCAGGUGAUCCUCGGCUGGCACGCUGCAGCAGCAACAGCGGCAGUGGCUAUUGCCUCGUGGCCAAUCGUCGAGGAGGCCAGAAUCUCCUUUACAAUGGAUAUAUGUACACCGUGGAGCGCAAGUAUCUGACGACAAUCAACUGGGUCUGCGCGAAAAAUGGCAACGUGAAGCUGCGCUGCCCGGCGCGCUGCGUGACCAACUCGAAUCGCAGCAUCAAGCUGAGUCACCGCAAACACAAUCAUCCCAGCAAUCUGUACCAAAUGCACAAGUCUCGAACUAGGCCGCACGUCUCCUGCCAAUCUGGCCCAGUAUGUGAGAUCGAGUCGCGGCACGGAUCUGGUAUUCUUUGAGGGCAACACCUACACGCCCAACGAGAAGCUGCGCGAGGGACAAAAAUCGCGGGACUGGAAGUGCUCCAUGUACCACAAGGCCAAGUGUCGCGCUCGCCUGAA